GGCUCAAAAUUCAUUCGCCCCCUCAUCGACAGCCAGCAAGCAACAACCCCACCCAGUGGCAGCUUCACACUUGUUCGCCGGAGGCCAAGUUCUCCAGCUCCGGCAUCCCCACGGCAGCUCCAGCUCCAGCUCCAGUAGAGAAAUUGCUCGAUGGUCAUUCAAUUUUCUGCACGCGACACGAUUUUUUGUUGUUAUUCCUCUACAUAACAUCUUAUAUGAAGAGGGACUUAUUCAACUCUGAGAAAGUAUAUUUUUCGUUUGCAACUCUUGGUACGAUCUUUUUGUAGCUGCUUCGCUACACCCAGUUCUGAGUAGCAGGCAUAUAGUUUGGUUUUCAUCCUCUAGUCAAUUAAACUGGACAGCGUAGUGGAAGACAAACAAGGAACCCACUUCUGGUGGAAAAUGGAAUUUACUCGAAAGGUUCUUUAGAGGACCCUCCGCCAGCCUGUAAUGGCAGUUGUAGAUCCAUCACCUUCUUUGGAGAUUUUGGUUAGAGGACCAGAGGGUUUCACGCUUUGGACAGGACCCCCUUACAACAAUGGUCAACCCAGCAUCAAGAUUGAAAGAGUUCCCUGCACUAGUGCAAAGUUCAGUGAAGAUGGGUCUAAACUAAUGGUUAUAAAAUCUGACUCUAUCAUUAGCAUCCAUGAUUGCAAAAGCUCCAAAGAGAUCAGGUCCUUUGAAGUCCCCAACAUUCUUGCAGCCACCUUGUCUCCGCGUGGGACUUACCUUCAGACCUUUCAGAAAGUCUCAUCACCACAAGAAAAAAAUGUGAUCUUAUGGAAGACAGAGACUGGUGAUUCCGUUUACCGUCUGUUCCAGAAGAACAUGACGAAAACCACAUGGCCCUCAAUAAGAUUUAGCUCUGAUGAAGCCAUUGCAUGUCGUCUGGCAACAAAUGAGAUCCAAUUUUUUGAUGGAUGGGAUUUUUCUACAGGAAUAAUAAAUCGGCUUAGGGUUCCUGGAGUUGCUGCUGUAGAGCUUUCAAAGAAUCCUGGAUCCCAUGUGGCAGCAUUUGUUCCAGAAUCUAAGGGGAUUCCUGCCAGUGUCCAGGUAUUUGCUUGUGGAAAGGAUUCACACAGUCAACCUGUUGCCCGAAGGAGCUUCUUCCGAUGUUCAACAGUGCAGCUGAAUUGGAACUCUGGUUCUACAGGGCUUCUAAUUGUUGUGCAGUCAGAUGUUGACAAAACCAACCAGAGUUAUUAUGGAGAAUCAAAGUUACACUACUUGACGACAGAUGGGUCUCAUGACGGAGUUGUGCCACUUCGUAAAGAAGGGCCUGUACAUGAUGUUCAAUGGUCAUGUUCUGGUUCAGAAUUUGCGGUUGUUUAUGGAUUUAUGCCUGCAAGGGCAACGGUGUUUGACAAGAAGUGCAAUGCUCUACUUGAACUUGGAUCAGGCCCUUACAAUACAAUCAGAUGGAACCCAAAGGGGAAGUUCCUAUGCGUGGCAGGCUUUGGAAACUUACCUGGUGAUAUGGCAUUUUGGGACUAUAUGGAGAAAAGGCAGCUUGGGACUACCAAGGCUGAAUGCUCGGUAACAAGUGAAUGGUCUCCAGAUGGAUGCUAUUUCAUGACUGCCACAACAGCUCCAAGACUACAAGUUGACAAUGGGAUUAAGAUUUUUCACUACAAUGGAUCGUUGUACUUCAAGAAGAUGUUUGACAAAUUGUAUCAGGCUGAAUGGAAACCGGAAUCACCAGAUAGAUUUGGUGAUAUUGCAGAACUUGUGAAGUCUAUUGACUCUUUGAAAGUCGAAGAAACCAAAUUACAAGGACAAGGGUCAAAAUCUUCCCAGUCCUCUGCAAAAGCUGCCUCUGCCAAUCCUCCUACACAGAAACCUGCUGCAUAUCGCCCACCUCAUGCUAAGACUGCAGAUGCCAUUCAGGCUGAGCUCUUUGGAGGAGGCGCUACACAAGAAAUGAGCAAGAAUGCAUUGAAAAAUAAGAAGAAGAGGGAGAAACAAAGAGAGAAAAAGGCUGCUGAUGCUGCUACCAGUGGUUAGUGAUUGGAUACAGGAUUUCCAGCUCGGGUUCUUUCACAUUACGAACAAUCAAAUUAAUCACCUAGGCUCCUUGUCUUGAGGUUCUUGGAUUUCAUUUUCUUUACUACUGCCCCUCUUGAUCAGGGAUCUAACGUAAAAUUAUUCCACCAGCAGGGGUUUUUGGCCUUUAUAUAUAUAUAUAUUUAUUUUUUUGAGGUGAUGACAAUAAAUAUAUGAAAUUAUAGUUGUAGGUAAAAUUUUCUAUAAAUGUUUGAAACAAUAUUAUAUCUACCAAUGGAUAUGGGAUGUUUGAAAGAAGCC